ACAUGGAAGAAGAGAGGUGUUGAGAAAAGUCGGAAAAGGACAGUAAGAAAAAAAAAUUAAUUAAAUUUUAUUAAAUUUUUUUCUUCGCUGCCUCGUUCUUGAUCUCUCCUCCCGCCCUUUCACCGUUUCACCCCAAGAUUCAAUCUCAACUCUGUUUCAGACAAAACCAGCAGCGACAAGAAAAAAUUCAUUCCUUGUUCUGUUCUCUUUCUUCCCCUCUCUUUCGGUAAGAUUUACCCCAUCUCUGUCUUUGUCAAUCUCCUUCUCCUUUUCAGCUCACGUUUCAUUUUAUUUGGAUUGCUUGCGAAUGUGGGUGCCUCUGCAACCUCCUUUUCAUGCAAGAAUUCCUUAUUUUGGUAGCUUUUAGCUGGUGGAUAUAUUGAAGAUUCAUUCAGAUUUUACUUUUUCCAGCUUUUAUCGCUUGUUGAGAUUCUGUCGAGCCGAGCUCCGCAACCAUUAACGAAAUAAGGCUUGUAACGUGAAUUAAAUCGUAAAAAACAAUGAGGAACUCAGAUUGGAAGGUUGACCCAUCAAGUACCUUGGAUUCGACAAUAGCUUAAUUUCCUUUUUUAAUUUAUUUUCUUACACGGGUCGGUUGAGGACCAGAGGGUAAUCUGUAUAGAAGAAAAUAGAAAAGAAAAAUAAAGAAACCUGGCGAUUUCGCGUAGCUUAGGCACUAAUUGGUACUAACACCACCGACACAGCAUUCGGGCAAUCAAUCAAUGGAUGUUAGAUGGAAUCCUUUUGGAUUCCAGCUCCACAUGGUGAAUUGCUUCUUCUUCAUGAUGCUGCUUCUGGAAAUUCAGCAGUGUUGGACGCUUAACGUUGAAGGAUUGGCUUUGUUGGAGUUUCGGGCAAGAAUCGACUCUGAUCCUUACGGUGUUCUUUCAAAUUGGAACCCCAAUGACAGAAACCCCUGUACAUGGUCUGGCGUUCAUUGUGUAGACGGUAAAGUGCAAAUGCUGGAUCUGCAAGGGCUUUCUUUGGGAGGGAUACUGGCACCUGAUCUUGGGAACCUUAUCAACUUAAAAUCUCUUGUUCUUUAUAAAAACCACUUCACUGGUGUGAUUCCCAAAGAGAUUGGAAGUCUUAGAAGGCUGGAGCUAUUGGAUUUAAGGGAUAACAGUUUGAAUGGAACAAUUCCAGCAGAAAUUGGAAUGAUUUUGUCAUUGAAACGUUUGUUGCUUUGCAACAAUAAUUUUCAAGGCAGAAUUCCAAUUGAGUUUGAAAAUCUCAAUAUGCUAUCUGAACUACAAUUUGAUCAAAACCUUAAAUCUGAUGUGCUAAAUGGAAUUAGUUGUCUAAAUAGAAAAAUUGGAUACUGCAUUUGGGAGAGUAGUUUAAAACAUCUUAAUAAAGCCAAUUCUUUAUUAUUCAGAAUUAAAGGGAGGCUUCUACUUUUCUAUGACAUGUUUACACGUUUUAAGUUUGCAAAAGGCUCUUUGCCUAUCUAUGGGGAGAAAUGUUGUAAUGAUAUAUCGGGUUUAGAGAAACCAUAUAUAUCACAAAAUGUACAAGAAAUAGUAAACUUUGUACGUCGUAGACUACUACAAGAAUCUAGUAACCUCCCUGCAAUGCCUGCAAGCGGUAAUGCAAUUUCUGAAGAUGUUCCUACUAUUCCAAUUACAAGAAGUAGUGGGGCUUUCCCUGCAAUACCAAAUGCAAAGAAACAACAAUACCCUCCUCCACCUUCAUCGUUGUCCUCUCCUUCAAGUCCUCCUCUACACCAAUUUGCUAAUUCUCCAGUUAAAGUCCCUCAUAACCAACAACCAUUAGAUGAUGGUUCAUUUGGAGAACUGUGGAAGUAUGCUAUUGUGGCUUUGAUGACAAUAUUUCUUAUUAUUGUUGCAACCAUGCUCUGUAAAUGUCGAAGCCAAGGAGUAACAACCAUAACUCCUUGGAAGACUGGAUUGAGUGGUCAAUUGCAAAAAGCAUUCAUCACAGGGGCGCCAAAGUUGAACCGUCCAGAGCUUGAAACAGCUUGUGAAGAUUUUAGUAAUAUUAUUGAGACCUUUGAAGAAUAUACAAUAUUCAAGGGAACUCUAUCUAGUGGUGUUGAGAUUGCGGUUUUAUCAACUGCAAUUGUAUUCUCUAAAGAUUGGGCAAAGUGCAUGGAAAAGAGUUACAGAAAAAAGAUUGACACUCUUUCACGAGUGAACCAUAAGAACUUUGUCAAUCUUUUGGGAUACUGCGAAGAAGAAGAGCCUUUCACAAGAAUGAUGGUAUUUGAGUAUGCUCCUAAUGGAACUCUAUUUCAACAUUUGCAUGUUAAAGAAUUUGAGCAUCUCGAUUGGAAUGCUAGGAUGAGAAUUAUUAUGGGAAUAUCUUAUUGUCUUCAAUACAUGCAUCACGACUUGAAUCCACCUGUAGCACAUUCCAAUCUGCAGUCUUCUUCUAUCUAUUUGACAGAUGAUCAUGCUGCUAAGAUUGGAGAGGUAUGCCUCACAAUAGAUGCUCGAUUCAAGUCAAAGACAUCUAUUGAAGAUGAAUCAGAGCAUUCCGAACUUCCUCCACUUGUUGAUCCCGAAACAAAUGUCUAUAGCUUUGGAAUGCUGCUAAUAGAAAUUAUUUCAGGAAAGCUUCAAUGUUCUGAGGAAGGGCCCCUUUUGAACUGGGCUUCUAAAUACUUGGACGAUAAGUGUAAUAUCAGCAAGAUGGUUGAUCCCACACUCAAAUCUUUCAAAAAUGAUGAACUUGACAUCAUUUGUGAAGUAAUUCAGGAGUGCAUCAACCAGGAUCCAAGGAAAAGACCCACAAUGAGGGAGGUCACCUCAAAACUAAGGGAAGUGAUUGCUAUCUCACCAGAAGCAGCAACUCCAAGGCUUUCUCCACUUUGGUGGGCAGAACUUGAGAUAUUGUCUGUGGAAGGUACUUGAGGCCUAAUUGAAUUUUCUUUCUUCGCUAUUGGCUGAUACCGAGAAGCCCGUGUAUUUGUAGACGUUUUGGUAUCUCUAUAUUGCUGACGCUGGACAUGAUGCCUAAGUCAUUUCUGUAGCAUAUAGUGAAAGAAACCUGUAAUUGCUUAACCAUGUGAAUUUCUUUCUCUU